CCAGUGUCUCAGUUUAAGAUGGUGAAUUACUCCUACGACGAGGACCUGGAGGAGCUGUGCCCCGUGUGUGGAGACAAAGUGUCCGGCUACCACUACGGGCUCCUCACCUGUGAGAGCUGCAAGGGCUUUUUUAAGCGGACGGUCCAGAACAACAAGAGGUACACGUGCAUAGAGAACCAGAGCUGCCAGAUCGACAAAACCCAGCGAAAGCGCUGUCCCUACUGUCGGUUUCAGAAAUGUCUGAGCGUGGGGAUGAAGCUAGAAGCGGUCAGGGCCGACCGAAUGCGCGGCGGACGGAAUAAAUUCGGGCCCAUGUACAAGCGGGACCGCGCCCUGAAGCAGCAGAAGAAGGCCCUCAUCCGCGCCAACGGACUGAAGCUGGAGGCCAUGUCCCAGGUGAUCCAGGCGAUGCCGCCCGAGCUGAGCAUCACCUCCGCCAUCCAGAACAUGCACUCAGCCUCCAAGGGCCUCCCCCUGAGCCACGCCGCCCUGCCGCCCACGGACUACGACCGCAGCCCCUUCGUCACCUCCCCCAUCAGCAUGGCCAUGCCCCCGCCGCACGGCGGCAGCCUGCAAGGCUACCCGCCCUACGGCCCCUUCCCCAGCCGGGCCAUCAAGUCCGAGUACCCCGACCCCUACACCAGCUCGCCCGAGUCCCUCAUGGGCUACCCCUACCUGGACGGGUACCAGACCGGCUCCCCGGCCAGCGUCCCGCACCUGAUCCUGGAACUGCUCAAGUGCGAGCCCGACGAGCCGCAGGUGCAGGCCAGGAUCAUGGCCUACCUGCAGCAGGAGCAGGCCGCCCGGGGCAAGGCCGAGAAGCUGAGCACCUUCGGGCUCAUGUGCAAGAUGGCCGACCAGACGCUCUUCUCCAUCGUCGAGUGGGCCCGGAGCAGCGUCUUCUUCCGGGAGCUCAAGGUGGACGACCAGAUGAAGCUGCUGCAGAACUGCUGGAGCGAGCUGCUCAUCCUGGACCACCUCUUCCGGCAGGUGGUCCACGGCAAGGACGGCUGCAUCGCCCUGGUGACCGGGCAGCAG